AUGCGCGCACGCGCGCGCUGGCUGGGCCUGGGAGGGGUUGGGAGGAGAGGCGCGCGCACGCGCUGGGGUGUCUGGAAACUGGGCGGAGGAGGAGUGAACCUGAAAGGCUCGCGUUCGCCCUCGGGGGUGGAGAGUCUGUUCUCGAGGGCUGGGACGCGCGCGGGCGCGCUAGCCAGCCGCGUGACGGGCGGAGGAGUUGCCGGUCCCGAGGCGGCGGCGGGGGCGCGCUCCCUUCUCCGCUCCUCCUUCUCUCGCUCUCUCCUUCCCCGGCAGCUUGGGGGGCUGGGUGCUCCGAGAGAGAGAGAGACGCCGCUCUCCAGCCCGGAGCGGCCCGAUCGAGCGUCCGGCCUCCUCUUCCUCUCGAGGCUCCCCGCCUUCUCCCCCGCCCACGGCGUCCACGCCCUCGAGUCCCGGGGCCGCCGCUCAUUGUGCUGCGCCAGGCCCGCCGGCCCGAGGACUUCCCUGCGCCCUCUCUCCCUUCCCGCCCUGGCUCUCCCGUCCUUCCUGGGCCAUGGAUGGCGGGGAUCUGAUGAGCUUCUUUCUUCUGGUAUUACUAAGGGGCCUUUUACCAUGAGCAAUUCGACUCCAGCUACAGCUAAUGGGAAUGACAGCAAGAAAUUUAAAGGAGAUCGAUCUCCCUGCUCUCCUUCUCGUGUUCUCCAUCUUCGUAAAAUUCCAAAUGAUGUUACUGAAACAGAGGUCAUAUCAUUAGGUCUACCAUUUGGCAAAGUAACCAAUCUCUUGAUGUUGAAAGGAAAAAGCCAGGCAUUUUUAGAAAUGGCUUCUGAGGAAGCUGCUGUUACUAUGGUGAACUACUACACUCCAGUUACUCCUCACCUCCGAAGUCAACCUGUUUAUAUUCAGUAUUCUAAUCACAGAGAACUUAAGACUGACAAUCUACCUAAUCAAGCACGAGCUCAAGCUGCCUUGCAAGCAGUGAAUGCUGUCCAGUCUGGAAGUCUGGCCCUUACUGCAGCCCCAGGCAAUGAAGGUGGAGUUCUUCCUGGGCAAAGCCCUGUUCUUCGAAUAAUUGUGGAAAACCUCUUUUACCCUGUCACUCUUGAAGUACUCUAUCAGAUUUUUUCCAAGUUUGGAACAGUUUUGAGGAUUAUCACCUUCACAAAGAACAAUCAGUUUCAGGCCUUGCUUCAGUAUGCUGAGCCACUGAAUGCACAUUAUGCCAAAAUGGCUCUGGAUGGCCAGAAUAUCUAUAAUGCAUGCUGCACUCUGCGUAUUGACUUCUCCAAGUUAACCAGCCUUAAUGUGAAGUAUAAUAAUGACAAAAGCAGAGAUUUCACUCGCCUUGACCUUCCUUCUGGUGAUGGCCAGCCAUCCAUUGAUCCUACUAUGGCUGCUGCUUUUGGUGCACCUGGUAUAAUUUCCUCACCAUAUGCAGGAGCUGCUGGAUUUGCCCCUGCCAUUGGAUUUCCUCAAGCUACUGGUCUUUCAGUUCCAGCUGUUCCUGGAGCUCUUGGUCCUUUAACCAUCACAACCUCUGCUGUCACUGGAAGGAUGGCAAUUCCUGGGGUUCCUGGUGUACCCGGAAAUUCUGUUCUGCUUGUCAGCAACCUCAAUUCUGAUGCUAUUACACCACAUGGACUUUUUAUCCUGUUUGGGGUGUAUGGUGAUGUACAGCGUGUGAAGAUUAUGUUCAAUAAGAAAGAAAAUGCUUUGGUUCAGAUGGCAGAUGCAAAUCAAGCUCAACUAGCCAUGAACCACCUGAGUGGACAAAGACUUUAUGGAAAGGUGCUUCGUGCUACUCUGUCAAAACAUCAAUCAGUCCAGCUUCCUCGUGAGGGCCAAGAAGACCAAGGUUUGACUAAAGAUUUUAGCAAUAGUCCUCUACAUCGUUUUAAGAAGCCUGGUUCUAAGAACUUCCAGAAUAUCUAUCCACCAUCUGCCACCCUGCAUCUUUCUAACAUCCCACCUUCAGUUAUGGUUGAUGACCUGAAGAAUCUAUUUACAGAUGCCGGAUGUACAGUUAAAGCCUUCAAAUUCUUCCAGUAA